AUGUCAGAGGACCUCGAAGGUUCAAUGCUGGUCUCGGGCCUUGAAGGUCGGUUCAGUAUGGCAGAGGCCCCGCUCACUGGCGGCAUGGUGGGCGACGGCAAAAGGAAAGAUGCCUCAGAGGAUGGCGUUCCUCUUCUAAGUGGCGACGAAGAACAUGAGGGAACGGCGUCCCUCGACGACGAUGACGAUAGUGUAGAGAACUCCCCCCAUGAUGCUGUCCGAGCAUCGGUGCCUCCCACAGACGACACUACCUUGUCAAUCAAUACCCCGCGAAUGUGGUGCCUUUCAGUGCUGUUUUCCAUUCUUGGAUCCUCCACAAAUCUUUUCUUUUCCUUGAGAUACCCCAGCGUGGCUAUCACGCCUGUUAUUGCUUUGCUUCUCGUACAUCCUCUUGGUCAUACUUGGGAUUUACUCUUCAAACGGUCUCAUGACCCCGCUGAAGAGUUUGUUGAUGGGAGCCAAGUUUCUUCCGCGGUCGACGAGGAGCCACCGAAUGGCAAGUCGACACGAUCCUGGCGCCAAUGGUUGGCUCAAGGCAGGUGGAACGAAAAGGAACACACCUGCGUCUACGUCAGUAGCAAUGUUGCCUUUGGGUUCGCUUUUGCUACCGAUGUCAUCAUUGAACAGACUCGAUUCUAUCACCAAGAAGCUCCCAUACUCUACCAAUUGCUUCUAACAAUCUCGACCCAGAUCUUGGGCUAUGGGUUUGCUGGUCUCACCCGCCGUUUUCUGGUGCGCCCCAGCGGUAUGAUUUGGCCAGGCACUCUUAUGUCCGCGGCAAUGUUUGGUACAUUGCACAAGCAAGACAACAAGCCUGCGAACGGUUGGAAGAUCAGCCGUUGGAACUUUUUUUACGCCGUGUUUUUCGGCUCGUUUAUCUUCUACUUUCUGCCAGGCCUCCUAAUGCCUGCUUUGAGCUACUUCAACAUAUUUACCUGGUUUGCUCCAAAAAGUGUGGUUGCUGCCAACUUCUUUGGCGUCACCUCCGGCCUCGGAUUAAUGCCUUUAACCUUUGAUUGGGCACAGAUUACGUAUAUUGGAUCUCCCCUGCUCGUGCCGUUCUGGGCAGCAGUGAACGUCAUUGGGGGCAUGGUCGUCGUGAUGUGGAUGAUUGCCCCCAUCAUGUAUUACGCCAACGUCCUAUACACAUCCUAUAUGCCUAUCCUGUCUACAGCAGUCUUCGACAAUACUGGCAAGGUCUAUAAUGUCACCCACAUCCUCACCUCGGAUUUUGUCUUUGAUAAAGAAGCGUACAAGCAAUACAGUCGUGUGUUCCUUCCAGUUACCUACAUGCUCAGCUACGGUGUUCAAUUUGCUGGUUUAGCUGCUCUGCUGACGCAUACGGCCUGCUGGCAUGGCCAUGAUAUCUGGACGACUUGGAAAAAGGCAUUGGAGGAAGCCCGCGAGGACGGUAGGCCGGUCUACCAGCGAGUGCCCGAUACCCCUCAAGAUAACGGCCUAUUCGCAAAUGAAGAUUAUGCUCGCCUGUCCAGGUCGACAUCCAACGUGGAUGGUCUACUGAGCCAUGAGGAUGUGCACUGUCGCCUGAUGAAGCGAUAUAAGGAUGUACCUAUGUCAUGGUACUUGGUUACAUUUUUAUCUAUGACGGCCAUUGGCAUCUUCGUCGUGGAAUACUACCCUAUCCACCUGCCCUGGUACGGCCUCCUACUGUCUCUUGUAAUAGGCGCGAUCUUCUUUAUACCAAAUGGCAUUAUCAUGGCUGUCACGAACCAACAUAGCAGCAUCUACCUCAUCUGCCAGCUUAUUUGCGGCGCAGUGUUCCCAGGCCGCCCAAUAGCCAACAUGGUAUUCGUCACGUACGGGUACAUCUCCUCCGCCCAGGGGAUCAAGUUUGCUUCCGACCUCAAGCUCGGCCACUACAUGAAGAUUCCUCCCCGGAUCAUGUUCACCGUCCAGGUCGUCGCAACACUGGUCUCCUCCAUAACUCAGAUUGGCGUCCUGAACUGGAUGUUCGUCAACAUUAAGGGGCUCUGCACCCCCGACGCCCUCAACGGCUUCACCUGCCCCAUCGCCCGCGUCCACUUCAACGGCUCCAUUCUCUGGGGCGUCGUCGGCGUGAACGAGUUCUUCGGCCCGGGUGCCAUGUACCGCGCCCUCGUGUGGUGCUUCCCCCUCGGCGCAUUCCUCCCCAUCCCGCUCUGGCUCUACAGCCGCCAUAGAAAGAACAGCAUCAUCCGGAAAGUCAACCUGCCCGUGAUAUUCGGCGCCAUGUCCUGGAUCCCACCGGCCACCGGCCUCAACUUUUCCGUCUGGGCUCUCGUCUGCUACAUCUUCAACUACCACAUCAAGAGACGCGCCAGUGCUUGGUGGGCAAAGUACACCAUGACCCUCAGCGCCGCGCUCGAUUCCGGCCUGGCGUUUGGCAUCGUGGUCGUCUUCUUCGGCUUCAUCUAUCCCGGCCUGAUGCAGAACUUUCACUGGUGGGGGACCGAGGUUUAUAAACAAGGUUGCGACUGGCAGGCCUGCCCCUGGAAGACUUUGCCCGAGGGGCAACGGUUCGGGCCAGACGCCUGGUGA